AUCCUGGCUGAGCUCUUCCUGUUGUGGUAACCACGCGCACUCAAUCUCUCACUGCAGCACUUGCUACAGCAGCGGCAGCGAUUGGCUUCUUCCUACCCUCCCUGCCUCUCUGUCUGCCUGCCUCUCUGUCUCUGCCUCUCUGCUUCACUCUCCCUCUCUCUCUCUCUCUCUCUGGCUGAAGGACCUGUGGUCAGCACAGCGGCUCACGCUCUCUCUGCACGAAGGGGACACCGGCCGGAUCCUCCCUCAGAGUUUCUGCAUGACUGUCACAAAGAUGUCAUGGCGUCCGACAUACCGAAGCUCAAAGUUUCGAAAUGUGUACGGCAAAGUGGGCAGCAGGGAGCACUGCUUCGAUGGCAUCCCCAUCACCAAAAAUGUCCAUGACAACCACUUCUGUGCUGUUAAUGCCAAGUUCCUGGCCAUCGUCACAGAGAGUGCCGGUGGAGGGUCCUUCCUCGUCAUCCCCAUCACCCAGUCAGGUCGAAUCGAGCCCCAUCACCCUAAAGUGUGCGGCCACCAAGGCAAUGUCCUGGACAUCAAGUGGAACCCAUUCAUCGACAACAUCAUAGCCUCCUGCUCCGAGGAUUCUUCAGUGCGGAUAUGGGAGAUCCCGGAGGGCGGGCUGAAGCGGAACAUGUCCGAGGCGGUUCUGGAGCUGUACGGACACAGCCGGCGCGUGGGCCUGAUCGAGUGGCACCCCACCAGCAGCGGCAUCAUCUUCAGCGCCGGCUACGACUACAAGAUCCUGAUUUGGAACCUGGAGAUUGGCGAGCCGGUGAAGAUGAUUGACUGCCACUCGGACGUUGUCAUCUGCAUGUCCUUUAACACCGACGGCAGCCUGCUGGCCACCACCUGCAAGGACAAGAAGCUGCGCGUGAUUGAGCCGCGGUCCGGCAGGGUGUUGCAGGAAGCGAACUGUAAGAACCACAAGGUGAACAGAGUUGUGUUUUUGGGCAACAUGAAGCGUUUGCUGACAACAGGGGUGUCACGAUGGAACACCAGACAGAUUGCACUGUGGGAUCAGGAGGACCUCUCUAUGCCCAUCAUAGAGGAGGAGAUUGAUGGGCUCUCUGGGCUUCUCUUCCCCUUCUAUGAUGCGGACACACACAUGCUCUACCUGGCAGGCAAGGGAGAUGGGAAUAUCCGAUACUAUGAGAUCAGCACGGAGAAGCCCUACCUGCAGUACCUGAUGGAAUUCAGGUCCCCAGCCCCACAGAAGGGACUCGGAGUGAUGCCAAAGCACGGCCUGGACGUGGGCGCUUGCGAGGUCUUCCGAUUCUACAAGCUGGUAACGCUGAAGGGGCUGAUCGAGCCCAUCUCCAUGAUUGUGCCGAGGCGGUCAGAGACGUACCAGGAGGACAUCUACCCAAUGACUCCAGGCAAGGAGCCGGCGCUCACUGCCGAUGAGUGGCUGAGCGGGAUCAACAGAGACCCCGUGCUCAUGUCCUUAAAGGAGGGCUACCAGCGGUCCACUCAGCUGGUCUUCAAAGCGCCGGUGAAGGAGAAGAAGAGCGUUGUGGUCAACGGCAUCGACCUGCUGGAGAACGUGCCGCCCAGGACAGAGAACGAGCUCCUGCGGAUGUUCUUCCGGCAGCAGGAUGAACUGCGGCGUCUGAAGGACGAGCUCGCACAGAAAGACGUUCGAAUCCGACAGCUGGAGCUGGAACUCAACAACCUGAAGAACGCCCCCAACAACAUGUGACCCCUGACCUUUCUCCCGCCCCCAAUCCCAAUCUCCUUACAACCUCCCACCACCACCCCACAGAGCCACGCGGACUCUAGAGGGAGACAGUCCACAGCAUUUCAAAUUCCCCUCCCCCCUCCAAAAAGAAAAAAAGUCUUGCUGAGCUUCCAUCACUGCCAAAACCAGCCGCACAUGCCCCCUCCCCCACAGCAACUGCCCACCCCCCACACGCGGCUGUAUCAACAAUGGCUGCCCUCAGCCACACGCAGAACCAAGAACAAAACUGUUCCCCUGCCCCUCGCUGCACCCCGGUCUGGUAGCCUGGCUCUUCAGCGCAAGCAGACACAGCCCACCAAAAUCCCUCUCUACAGGAGUGGAGUUUGCCAGCAGUUUGCUUAUGGGCAAGAGUGAGAACUGUGCUUAGCUGUGACAUCAGGGGAAUCAAAUGGCCUCUUCCACCUUCUUUUCUACCAAUGCAUUGACUGUGAAAAUGUUCACAAGUAUAAAUCUAGGUAUGUACAGUCAACUGGUGUACAACUACUCCAGCUCAAUGAUGCAGGCAAUUCACCUGGUACUGUUAUUUUUUUCCUUCUCACACAUUUUUUGAAUAUUGAUUAUUUUAUUUAUUCCAUUGUGUUUAAAUGUUUGUUCUGUUCCUCGUCGAAUCCGCUCCCUAACUCCUUGUUCACAGUAAUACCAUUAGACACGUAGUCGAGAACAUGUACAGCGUCAGUG